AUGGGCGAGUCGCAUACGUUCUGGUAUUGCAUCGACUCACAGCAGUGGCCUGAUGUCUUUGAUAUCUUGCUUAUCAUGUUUGAUGCCCUAGGAGUAUUACUGAACUUUGUCGUUGCCAUUCUCCUAUUUAUGCUGCGAGGACCCUGCAAGACGAGCUUAGCGCUACUGCGAGGCUUUGUUAUGUCUUGCGCGAUGGCCAGUUUGGUUAACUUAAUCGAGGACGCAGGGCCGCAAAUACAAAAGACAUCCAGUUACCACUACAAUCGCCUCGUCUGCAUCUUCUGGGAAAGCCGAUUUCUCUACUGGAUUUUCUUGGUCAUCGCCUCUCAAUUCCUUUUCUUCUUUGCCGUCUAUCGUUUCCUUGACAUGACCGGUGCUGAUGAGUACAAGAUGAUAUCAGCCGAAUAUCAGAUAUCCACGUAUAGCACAACAAUCGCAGUUUUUAGUGUCUUUAUGACCAUACCACAGACCUUCUCAGUGAACCUAGUGGGUGAUGACUGCAGCUGCUCCAACAGAAAGAUUAAUAUUCCCUUCCUAUCACUUAUAUAUGCACAAGUCUACCUCUGGGUUUCAAUUCUGAUGGUUUUUGAUGGCUGUGUGUUAACUUACAUAUGUGUCUGUCUUCUGCGUUUGAUACGGACGCCAACGGAGUGCAGACGCGAAGAUAAGUUGGAACUGCUACAUUUCGACAACACACGUUUCAGUGAGACUCAGUUGUCUGCAAAUACUUCUGCCGCUGCUUUAGGCAGGAUAACAGGUUCAAUGUGCAUCAUCCCUCUGUUUGUCAAUUAUCUGGCGUGCGUAUCCUAUGACGUACUCUACCAGUUCGCCAGCGCACUUGAUCUGACAACUUAUGUCAUUGGAACUGGAGUUCAGAAAUUUGGUGAACUCUUGAUCGUCGGUCAGUUCGUGAUGGUGCCAAUUGUUCUCCUCGUCUACAUUCGUCCUCUCCGAAAAGGCUUGAAAAAAUACUGGAAGAUAGUGGCUGCUAAAACAUGA